AUGGCUAAAAUCAAAAACCCAGUGGAGACUGUGGAGAUCCCGGUUCUGUCCUCAGCAUGUGAGGUGGGACUAAAGGCGGGAUUAAAGGCAAUUCCUGCCCCACCCUACCCAUCCCGAGCCAUUCCAACCCAAGACCAAUAUAACAGACCACGUUUGCACAGAACUCUCAUAGUUGAAGAAGUCCAGAGAAGUAAGCAGAGCUCUCUGUAUGAUCCAGAGUCUUGUGAACACCAGGACACAGCUGACGCUGCUUUCCUCAUUGUUUGCAGCAAAGGAAGCCCAAGAGAGAAAAUGCCAAGAGAGGACAACCGAGUGCAGAGUGUGAGAAACACUCAAGAAGCCAAUAGGAGGCCGAGGCCGAGGCAGGAAGGCCGAAGAUCCUCAGGUCCUUCUGAUAGCCCAUGGAUUGAGCCUGAAAUCUGGAUCUUCCUGCAAGAGUGGGAAGUGGUGGAAUAUAAAAUGGGGAAGCCAGGCGAGAAAAUGUUCCAGAAGGCCAAGUCCCUUAGCAGGCGCCUCUCUAAGCGGCGUCUGAGGAAGAGCUGGAAGAGCUGUCUUGAUCUGAUGCUGCAGAUGAAGGACCUGCAUGAAACUCUCUGUCACGAGAGGGCAAGGCCUGACCCCUUGUUUUCUCCUUAUGCAUGGGACCUCUACAAGAUCUUGGGCCACAGUUCCCAGAGAGGCCAUUUCCCAGGUCCUUGGUGUGAUGGGCGUGGUUUCCUGCCUGCAGACCAAACUCCUUACCUCUGCAUUGGUGGGGCUGACUCUCCAGGUCUUUCCCCUAGCCCGUGGACAGACCUUGAAAUCAGGAUCUUCCUGCAGCAGUGGGAAGCAGUUGAACUCGGCCACCCAGGCCAGAAGAUGGAGAAGAAGACCAGCGCAGUUUUCCAGCGUCUCCAUCAGUUGGGCCUGAGCAAGACCUUCGAAAGCUGUCUGGACCUGAUGCUCAGCCUGCAGGAUCUGCACAGGACUCUCUGUAAUGAGAGACCAGGGACCAUCCCCUUGUUUUCUCCUUAUGCAGAAGCUCUCUACAGGAUCUUGGGCCACAAAUGUCAGGGAGGCCCUGUCCCAGGUGCUCUGUAUGGAUGGUCUGGGAACUCCCUGUCUUCCAUGGAACCUCAACAUCCAAUGGUGAUGCCAUCUCCAGUAUACCAGUCUUGGGAUGAUGACAUGUCUGCACCUUCUGCACAGCUCCAUGGGAACCCAUCCCCGAUGAUGUCCAGUCAGCAUUCAAUGUUUCCCAGCAAGGAAGCCUGGAAUGCUACCUAUCCAUUGACAGUUCCACAUGGACUUCCCGCCUCUCUCCCUGGAGACACCAACCUUCAGAUGCCAUGGUCAACUUGGGAUGACACCUCAAGUUCUCAGUGA